CAUGGCCGCUUACAGUCCAGCUAUGGUGCUUCUAUUUACGUUUCGCCUGUUUACUGUUUUAAGGCUGACAGCGGAAGAAAGAGCUUGCGAUCGAAGCCAUUUUUGAGUUAAAUCUAAGUUUUAUUUAUAAUUAUUGUUUGGAUAAAUCGGCAUUGUGUUUUCCUUAUGAACAGUUGUGACAAAGACAGAGAUUUCUUUUCUUUUCGCCGGGCUUAAUCAAAACUGCAAUUGAUUUACUGAGCCAGAAACCCACAGCGUUCACAUCAGGGUCUGGUCGCGAUGUUUAGCCCCGUGAAUUCCUCUUAUUUUCGAGUCAGUCCGGCGAUUAUCAACCGGGAGCUCGGCAAGACCAAGAUGAGAUAGCAAGAGUGCACACUGGAGUGCUAACGCGUUUUAUUGGGAGCAUAUAUCCCUUCAUAACUGGGAGAAAACUGAAGAAAUAAAACCCUACUUAACAUGUUUGGAAACCUUUUUGAGGAGGAGGAUGAGGGGUUUGCCUCAGCCUCCACCAAAGGAAGAACUGCCAAGGGGAGCGAGGAACCGCCUCCACCCCGUGGAAGAAGCAAUCUGUGCGGCAUUAGAAACCAGGGAGGGACGUGUUACCUCAACUCUCUGCUCCAGACUCUGCUGUUCACCCCAGAGUUCAGAGAAGAGCUGUUCAGUUUGGGGCCUGAAGAACUGGGGUGUCUUGAGGACAAAGACAAACCAGGAGCGAAAGUCAGAGUGAUCCCUCUUGAGCUUCAGAAGUUGUUUGCCCGUCUGUUACUGGUAGACCAUCAGAGCGCCUGCACCACUGACCUCACCCACAGCUUCGGCUGGAACAGCAGCCAGGGGACGAAUCAGCAUGAUGUGCAGGAGCUGAACAGGAUUCUGUUCAGUGCAUUGGAGCACUCUCUUGUGGGCACCAGUGGCAGUACAUUGAUCCAACGCCUCUACCACGGUACUAUUGUCAACAGCAUCGUAUGCAAGGAGUGUGGAAACGUGAGCCAGAGGAAGGAGGACUUCCUGGACCUGACGGUGUGCGUUUGUGGUGUUUCCAGCCUGGAGGAGGCUUUGUGGAACAUGUUUGUGGAGGAAGAGUUGUUUGAAGGCAAUAACCUUUAUCGUUGUGCUCAGUGUUCCAGGUUGGUCACUGCUGCCAAGUCUGCCAAGCUAAAGCAGCUGCCCCUGUUUAUGACCAUGUCUUUGCUGCGGUUCAGCUUUGACUUUACCAAAUGUGAACGAUACAAGGAAACUGGACGCUACAGCUUCCCACUCACCAUCGAUCUGCGACCUUUUUGUGAACAGACUGACGCAGAGGACUCUGAUUUCACAUAUGAACUGUUUUCCGUGAUUAUCCAUAAGGGAGGCUGUUAUGGCGGCCAUUACCAUGUUUACAUUAAAGACAUUGAUGAGCUUGGACUAUGGGAGCCACCGGAAGAGGACUGCAAACCCAAAACCCAAAAGAAAAUAAAGGAGGAAGUCAAGGAGUUACCUGAGCAAAAACUACAAGAAGAUGACCCUUUGUCUAUCAUUACUGCAAUCAUUGCUCAGGAGUCAUCAAAAAGUGUUUUGUUGGAUCAGCUUGGCCAAAAACUCAUGAAUAAAACUGGAUCAUCCUGGAGCAAAAGGUUCAGAAAACACUACGGUCCCAUUGGAAAGUUCCUGCAGUCUCACAAUGACGUUUUCAUUUUGAUAUCCAAUGGGACGCGAGUGGCAUUGAAAUCAAACUCCCUAAGCCCAGUGGCCGAUGCCCCGGCUCCUUCAGAGCAAACCGUGAACUCUGAUCUGCACUCGGAGGCAAAUCAAAAGCCUAAACCAAAAAUAGAGCAGGGUAGCCACUGGUUUGACCUCAAUGACUCCACUGUGACUUCCAUCCGGGAGUCUGACAUAGAGAAGCAGUUCCAGGGCAAAGAGAGCGCCUACAUGCUGUUCUACAGAAAAACACAGCUGCACAGGCCCAGUGAUGCUCUAAACAAUCCACAGUAUAAAGUUCCUUCCCAGCUCAUCCAGAUGGCUCAGGAUGAGAACCGGAGGCUGCAGCAGAUGCGUGAGGUGUUUGAAGCUGCUAAUAACACAGUAGAGCUGCAUCUGCACCUGGCCCCCUUCUACAAGAUGGUAAAUGGAGUCCUGCAGCCAGUCAGCAGGGAACCAAGUGGAAGUAUUAACCUGAGCUUCGACCGUAGGAAGACUGUCGGGGAUCUGCGGAUCACCAUUUAUCAUAUGCAGGAACUCUGGGAAGGAGAUAUGGCAUUGACUGUGGCCAGGAGUCUACCUGCAGGUUUACACCUAUACAAUACUCUUACAGAUGACAGUGUCUCUCUGUACAGUGCAGGAAUCUGCACAAAUACUGACCUGUUUGUGUGGAAUGGUAAACAGGUUUGUGGUGCCGCAGUCCAAAGUGGAGCUGAAUGGGAACCAGUGUUGCUCACUGUCGUUCGUCCUUUUUUGGGCGAAGACGUUGAGCAGGAGGGGCAAAAUGGGGUCAAAUGUCAAAAUAACAGCGCAGGUUCUGAAAAAGUGGGUCCAGCACUGCAAAGGGAAGCAAGAGGGUUCGCUGGCGGCGCAACUCUUGGGGAGGUGAGGGAGGCACUGGGGGAGCCAAGCGAGAGUCUUCUGUGUCAGGAGAAUAGAAGAGGAAGGGGGGGAGGUCAGGGGGCAGGGGAGGGAGGGGGCGCAAGCGGAUGGAGGGUGUUCCCGCCCGACGAUAUGCAGCGGACUUUGAAGGAGCUGUCGCUGAAAGACGGAGAUGCUUUGCUAGUCCUGGAGCCGGACUCGUUUGACAGCAGUGUGUUCACCCGAAAUGGGGAUGUGGUCACUGUGACAACGCCGUCUGACUGCCGCUGGCUCCAGGUGGAGUUUCAACCACAAAUAAAUGGAGAUGAAGAGGAACAGAGGAAGAAAGUAAAGGUUCCAGCCACAGGAAACAUGCUGCUAUGUGAAGUGAAACAAAGAGCCAUAGAGGAGCUGCAGCUGCAGGAACAACCUUCAGGUGUGCAGCUCUGUCUGAGGCAGGUGGACUGCUCUGGGAAACUCCUUCCUCCAGUAUUUGAGGAGUUAAGUGUUCGGGAUGCAGGCGUGCGACUCAUGACUACGUUGACUCUCUGUCCGGGAAAUGCCCCCAAGGAAUCACAGCUGUUCUUGCACUUUACUGUGGGCUCAGCCCCCUCUACUGGCAUGAAGAUGGAUAUAAUCGUGGAGAAGACUUGCACUGUCAAAGAAUGUCUUAAAGCUAUGUUGGAUGCUGUUGGACUUAAUGGUACCAGUUGGCACUUAAGAAGGGUAGAUUGGUGUGAGGAGGUUGGAGAACCGCUAAUGGAUGAGGAUGCUUCCCUGUCAGAGCUGAAUAUCAGCCAUGGAGAGACAUUAGUUGUUACUGAAGGACUUUUGCCUCCAAAGGGCUUUCUCAAGCUUCCUGUGUGGCUUUAUAUGGACUUGAGAUGUGUGGAACCAGACUGUAAUCCCACAGAAAACAGUCCUGCUGAGCAGCAGAUGGACCGAGCAGAGACUACAGAUGGAUCUUGUGCUCAGUCGAUUUUUAUUAGUGGUGGAAAGAUGGCGGAGCUGAGAAACAUAGGAAGGGUCGAGAUAUCGGACGAUGCCACGCUGGAGGACUUAAAGACUCAGGUGUUGACGCUGCCAGCACUUCAGGACGUAUGUGUGCCUGUUGCUAGUUUCCUGCGUGUUUGGUGGAUGGAGGGAGGACGGCUGACGCGCAUCCUUAGAGGACAACAAGUCACACUCAGGAAGCUGAAGUUGACCAGUGGGACAGAUCUUUGUGUGCAGGGCCUUAUGAAAGAAGAAGAUCUUGGGCCAAAGCAAGUGCUGCUGAACUUAAAGAUGGGUGUUCCAGGAGAGAGGAGUUACUAUCCUUCAGAAGAGCUGGUUUGGGAUGCUUCCCAUGAUUCUUCUCCUCGAUCUCUGCGCGCCAGUCUGGCUGCACACUACGGCCUCUCUCCUGAUUCUCUGCUGUUGGCCAAACACCAGCCUGAGAAGCAUGUCUGGGAAGAAAUCUUCAACUGGACUCAGCAGGUUUCCAGAAAGAAGAAAAAGAAAAAGGCAGAAUCACUUUUGGGACCACCUUUUCACAUCAGAGAUGGGGACGUAAUCGGCAUUAAGAACCGUUUGAUUGACAGCAACAAGGACUUCAUCACAGCAGAGGAUCAGCAGGGCCAGCAGAGACUCAAGGAACAGGCAGAGCAAUGCAGGAAAGGGGAGCAGGCUGCAGCUUCUAAUGGUGGUGGAAAAACCAAAUCCAGGAAGCUGGAGAUGCCGUUGUCCAUCAGCGUUGGAGUAUUCAGAUAGCAUCCUUCUUUACUGUUGAUGCACAGACAAGUCAGGACUUCCUAUGAUAUUACAUCCUACACAUGAAGUAAAAUGCCAUGAUGCUGUUGGACAAUCCUACUGAAUAAGUCUGGUGCCAUUUCUUAUUUCUAGAGUGUUUGCAUACAGUUAUUUGCUACAAAUCGUUUAACGGCCACAAAAAUAAACCCUCAUCCUGGUUAUCCAUCAAAACCAAAUUUUUAAACUUUGAUUUCUUCUUCUGGACUGUGUUUCUGUAAUAUGUAUUUUCCUUAUGCUGUGUUACAGUUUGUAGGUCUUUUUAAAACAAACUUGUUCCAGCAAUAUAUCAUUGAUCAGUAAAAGUAAAUCAGGUUUUUUUUUUGCAUUGAUUUGCUGCUGAUUUACUUUUGCUUUUUACAAACGGUGAUUAAACUCCUGGGCCUUGAAAACAGUAAAGUUAUAGGUAAAUUUAAAAUUCUCCCUUUUAUUGAUUUUCAUGACUAAAUCGUAUUAAGAAUGAAUUUCCUUCCUGAAAUCUACAUCGUUAUAAGGUGCAGUUUUGGCCGUUUUCAUACAGAAACCUCUCAUUGCGUCGAAGGGAUAAAAAAGAUCGUCUCUAGAUCAGAAACUAUUGCUACGUUUGUUUCAGGGGAGAUGAGGGAUGGGCCUUAAUGUGGAAAAGCUGCUCUGCUGCUCUGUCUCUCCUACCUCAUAUUCCACCUCUCCUACUCCUCUUCUUCUACCUCUUUUAAACUCAGUUUUUCACCGUUUAUUCUUACUCUAAACUGUUGCCCCGCUCGUAAAAUAAAUCAUGGUUUUUACAUUUGAAUGCUCACAGUUUCUAGCUCUCUGUCCUCUGAUCCACGCAUCAACCUGGAUGUACUGGAUAGUUUUUUAACAAGCUGUAAAUUUUGCUUUAGAAAUAAAGUGUAAUGCUUGAACAUUUGAUCUCUGACAUUACAUUGAGGAAUACUUAAGGUUUUGUUUGCAUGCAAUAUAUUUGACCUUCAGGGAAAUUAAACUGUUAAGUUUUUAGGGAAAAGUAAUAAUUUUCUUUGUUUUUUUUUUUUUGUUUGAAAAGUUUUAUGCUGUUUUUUAUCAGUCUUUUCUUGACUACAAAUUUUUGAAUUGACCUUUGUUUUCUUGGCAUUGUAUUAACAGUGAAAUAACAUGUUUUCUAUCCUACAUUGAUUAUUAAUAUCAAAUGUUUGCUUGUAUUGGUAAGAAUUGGUCUGCUGUAUCGUUGCAGUGCUGUUUGUAUCAAUUUAAAGUAGCCUUUACAGAAAGUCUAAUGAUUAAUAAAGUUAUAAAAUAAUUGCGUGUUGUGUUCAGAUCAGCAGAAUCUUUGGAAUGAGAGUUGUUUUCUUUGAAUUGAUCUCCACGAAUUUGUUUGCCAGGGGUACAUUUUCAAAGGGUUGCAGUGACAUUUAGCACAGAUGUCCAAGCUUCACCAAAAGAUGACAAAACAUAACAGUGCAUCACAAGGUAUUUAACCUUGGAAGAAAGUUUAACAAUGAAUCAAAGCAUUUAUUGCAGCAGCAUUCUCUCACAAUGACAAAUUCAAAAAAAUCAAACCUUUACAUUUGUGUAAAUUUUGGGGUAAAGAAAAGAAAAUGCACAUUAGCAAAACGUUUUUAACAAAAUCAACAGCUGUAGCAUUCGGCAUACAUACUUCAUCCUAAUCUCAUCUGACCAAAGCGCUUGGAUCCAGUUAAAAUCCUCUUAUGUGUGUGAAUUCAAUUAACUGGAACAUGUGUCCCGAUGAGACUCGUUUGUCAGAUUAGAAGUCCCUUUUGAAAAUAACCCUCAAAAAUAUUUUUAGUAAGCCCACAUUUCUGUAUUACAAUGUUGUUCUUUAUUAGUCUAAUGUAAUAUUCUAAUCCUAAAUGUCGUGCUUUCAUUAGCUGGAAGCGGAAAAUCAUAUUUAACAGAAAUAAAGGCUUGAAAACAUCA